GGCUCCGUCAGGGCAGGGAGGGGGAGCCGUGGAAUGGCGGACGGGCGGGCCGGCCCGCCCUGGUGGUAGCGAGCCCGGGGACCCCGAGGGGACAGCCGCGGACAGGUGCCUGAAGCAGGUCCACCAUGCCGUUAGUAACGAGGAACAUUGAGCCAAGGCACCUGUGCCGUCAGACGUUGCCUAGCGUUCGGAGCGAGCUGGAAUGCGUGACCAACAUCACCCUGGCAAAUGUCAUUCGACAGCUGGGCAGCCUGAGUAAAUCCGCAGAAGACAUAUUUGGAGAGCUGUUUACCCAAGCCAACACCUUUGCCUCUCGGGUGAGCGUUCUGGUCGAGAGGGUCGACCGCUUGCAAGUCAAAGUCACUCAGCUGGACCCCAAAGAGGAAGAAGUCUCCCUGCAAGGCAUUAACACCAGGAAGGCCUUCAAAAGCUCCACAACUCAGGACCAGAAGCUCUUUGACAGAGAUUCUCUCCCUGUGCCUGUCCUCGAAACCUACAGGACCUGCAAUACUCCUCCACCUCUCAACAUCCUCUCACCUUACAGGGAUGAUGGCAAAGAGGCGCUUAAAUUCUACACGGAUCCUUCAUAUUUCUUCGACCUCUGGAAAGAGAAAAUGCUUCAGGACACCAAGGAUAUCAUGAAGGAGAAGAGGAAGCAUAGGAAAGAGAAAAAGGAGAACCCGAACCGAGGAAACGUGAAUCCACGGAAAAUCAAGACCCGGAAAGAAGAGUGGGAGAAGCUGAAAAUGGGACAGGAAUUUGUCGAGUCAAAGGACAAACACGGUCCUGCUGGGUACCCCUCCAACAUGGUGUAUCAGAACGGCAGCAUCGGCUCCAACGAGAGCAUGGAUGGGAACUGCUACCCGCCACCGCCGCAGACUGACUCCAUUGUGCCACCACCUCCUUCGUUCCCAGAUGACAGCCUGCCUCCACCCCCGGUGGAAUUUAGCUAUCCUGUAGACAACCAAAGAGGUUCUGGUUCUGGAGGGACCAAACGGUCCAGCCUGGUCAGCCCGAGCCACCCACCACCAGCUCCUCCGAUCGGAUCCCCCUCGGCAACCAGGCCGGGCUUUGCUCCCCCUCCGGCUCCUCCUCCUCCACCACCACUGAUGGGAAACCCCCCUCCUCCACCACCUCCCAUGGGCUUCCCCUCCCCGGGAACCCCCCCACCACCCUCACCCCCUUCUUUCCCCCCUCACCCCGAGUUCGCUGCCCCUCCACCCCCCCCACCCCCUCCGGCAGUCGACUAUUCCAGUGUGCUCCCACCUCCGCU